AACACAGUGCUGCUGCUGUCUGCAUGUAUAUCUGAACCUCUGUCUCUGCGCAGUGCCUCUCCCAGGUCUUAGUGAGAGAAGUUGACUCCACCACCUCCUCACUUGUUCUUCCUCCAGCUCACAGUGAGUCUGUAUGGGUGGAGUGCUUUGAGGUCGUGAUCAGCCCCAGAGGCCGCGCAUCCAACAGCCCCCGCCUUCCCCGUCCCCACCCCGCAAACAUCCACAGCCAUCAUGGGGGAGGUAGUCCAAAUGCACUUCACCACGGUGGACUACGUCAUCUUUGCCUUGCUGUUGGUGGCCUCAGCUGGCAUCGGCCUCUUCUACGCCUUCUCCGGUGGGCGCCAGCGCACAACACAGGAGUUCCUGAUGGCUGACCGCUCCAUGAGCUGCCUGCCCGUGUCUCUGUCCCUGCUGGCCACUUUCCAGUCGGCCGUGGCCAUCCUGGGUGCUCCGUCUGAGAUUUACACUUUCGGGACCCAGUACUGGUUCCUGGGCUGCUCCUACUUCUUGGGCCUGCUCAUCCCGGCUCAUGUUUUCAUACCGGUCUUCUACCGACUGCGGCUGUCCAGCGCCUAUGAGGUACACGCAAGGAAAGAAUGAAUGCUGCGUUCAUGUGAUGUCGGGAGG